AAUGGGCCCUUUUCACAUUUCCGGGUUUGGAAUGCGGAAGUAAAAAAUAGCAGGGUAAACAGAGCGGGUAGAACGUAGAGACAAAAUGGAGCAGCAUAGCAAGUGCUACUGUAGCGUGCCUUUUUGCUCAAACAGCAAACGUAAACAUCCAAAUUUAAGUUUCCACGACUUCCCAAAGGACACACGUUUACGUGGUAAAUGGAUUAUAGCAAUUAGGAGAGAGGAAAGUGCCACUUUCACGGUUCUGCGCGGCAGUACAUAUGUGUGUAGCCAGCAUUUCAGGCCGGAGGAGCUAUAUGUAAAGGAGGGAGGAAGCAGGGCCAGACUAAAGAAGGGAUCAGUUCCAUCACGAUUCGCCUGGAAUGAUUUUGGGAGUCGACAUGAGGAUCGUCUGACACCCUACGAGAGGGCAAGUACUCGUCUCGGUUUAAACACAGAAGCUGCCGCGGGACAGAGAGACGAGCUGGACGACCUGGAAGCUAUGCUAACCGAGCUGAACGCUAAUGCUACGGAGCAUGAUUACUGCCGUCCACCAUCCCCUGGCAAAGUGGACGCUGCAGUGGCACGGAUAAGGGAGCUUGAGCAAAAAGUGGUUGAGCUGGAGAAUGAAAUCAAACAGCUUACACUCCUUGCAGACCAGCCUAAGCUCAACCAUUUCUGCUCAACUGAUGAAGAGUUCCGCUUCUUCACACGAUUUCCCUCAGAAGAAGUCUUCAUGUUGUUCUGGGAGUCUGUUGCACCAUCAGCUUCAAGGAUAGUUUACUGGACCAAGGCACAGAGGGAGGCUUAUGGAACACCCAGUCCUCACCGUAAACUAGGCCUCAUUGAUGAAUGUUUCCUGUUUCUUUGCCGUAUUGCUGCUGGACUCAAGGAACAAGCUUUGGCUUCCAUGUUCAAGGUCAGUUUGUCAACAGUAAGCCGCAUCAUCAUAACAUGGACCAGUUAUUUUUACCUUGUUUUGGGCUCCCUACCUACAUGGAUGACCAGACAGCAGGUGCAAGCUACCAUGCCUAAAAAAAUCCGCCAGUACUGCCCAGAGGUCCGUGUGCUGAUUGACUGCACAGAAGUCCGCUGUGAGACAGCAACAUCACUCACCUUACAAUCUGAAAGCUUUUCAAAUUACAAAAAUCACACAACAUUUAAAUCAUUGGUUGGGGUAGCUCCCUGUGGCGUUAUCACAUUUGUUUCCAAGCUUUACACCGGAUCCAUCUCAGAUCAGGAACUAACCCGGAGGUCUAACUUCAUCAGGCUUCUGCAACCAGGAGAUAAAGUGAUGGCUGACAAGGGCUUUCAGAUAGAAGGGAUGCUGGCAGAAGUAGGGGCCACCAUCAUCAUUCCCCCCUUCAAGAGGUCUGUGCAGUUCACCAAGGAAGAUGCUGAGAAGACCCAAGCAAUAGCAUGUCUAAGAGUGCUGGUGGAAAGGGCAAUCCGCAGAGUGAAGGAGUACCACAUCUGGGACGGAGUUGUUCCACUUUCCCUCACAGGCUCAGUCAACCAACUUUGGGCAGUUUGUUGCCUGAUGUCCAACUACCAGGGUCCCCUUGAUAUCAUGGACGAUAAACCUGUUUGAAUGUUUUUAUAUAUUUCAGAAAUGUUUAGUCCAAAUUUCAGAUUUUUCUGUUUUUUUUAAUCAAUUCUGUACAAAGUUCUGCUUAAAUGUUUUAGCCUUUACUUACCACAUUUCUUAAUUACCCACUCGAGCUACUGUAGUUUCUCUUAAAUGUUCGUGUUUCUGAUGUCUUAUUGUCCAAAGAAUGUUUUUAUAUUGACGUUGCUUCUGUUAAACAAUGGAAAUGAA